CAUGACUCGUGCAUAGAGCAGUGCGGAGCCAAAAAUUAAUAAAAAUCCAGGUAUAUUUGUUUUUUGUUUUUUUUAACUGAUACCAAAUAGUGAAUCAAAACAUAAACACUUUAAAGACAAUGUAACAAUAUUUUGUGCUUAAUAAUCUUUAUAAACUGAACAAUUUAAAGAUUUAAAAAAAGAAAAAAAUUAUAUAAAAUUUUGUAACCUCCAUUUGAGAUUCUGGAUGACUUCAGGAUCAAAUGUGUUUUCAGGAAAACAGUUGUUUUUUGUUUUUUUAAUUGUUUUCAAAUGGAGUAUCAUGCUUUGUUAUAUCUUACGAUUCAUAAUUAUGCCGAUGAUAUAUGUUAAUUUACAGCAAGAAGAAAAAGAAAGAAAAAAAAGGACUUAUGAGUAAUGAAUGUCUUUAUCUUAUUCGAAUGAGCAGAUAGAAUUCAACUAUCUGCCUCCGAAUGAAAACGAACACUUGAUCUGUGAAUCAUUCACCAUAGCAACGAAUGAAUUCAGCCAAACAAAAAGAUGGAAAGAACACAAAUUAGUUGCUAAUUUGAAAGAUGUAAGGUUUUGUUGUUUUUUUAGACCGUCUAAUCUUAUUUUAGAUGAAGAAAAAAUUGAAUGAAUCUUUUGAACGCUCUUACGAUGCUUAACUUAUAAGAAUAUCAUCAUCAUCAUCAUUAUCAUCAUCAUCAUCAUCAUCAUCAUCAUCAUCAUCAUCAUCAUCAUCAUCAUCAUCAUCAUCAUCAUGUCCCUGAGUCCUUGGACCGUUGGGGCGCCACAGAGGACAUGUGAACUAUCCUCCUCCAUACGUCUCUGUCUUCUGCACUACGCACAGCAUCGCCCAGUGUUAGUCCUGCCCACUCUAUGAUGUUAUCCUCCCAUCUUUUUCUUUGUCGUCCUCUUCUUCUCCUUCCUCUUGUUGUGCCCUGCAAUAUUUCUUUGGCAAGCCCUUGUUUCCUUUUUACGUGGCCGUACCAUUGUAGUUUGCGUUUUUUCACAGUCACCAGUAGGUCAUCGCACUCCCCUAUUGCCUGGCGAACCCUUUCUUUCACUGUAUCAUUGGAUAUAUGGUCCCUAUUGCAGAUGCCAAAAGUGCUUCUGAAGCAUCUCAUCUCCAUCGCCUUCAUUUUCCUUUAAAGAUCUGCUGUUAAUGUCCAUGAUUCGCAGGCAUACAGGAAAAUGGAGAGGACUAAUGAGCGCAUCAGCCUGAUUUUAGUGCUGGGGGCUAUAUUUUUGUCCUUCCAUAUUUUCUUGAGCCUCUUUACAAUAUAUAAGAAUAUAUAUGUAUAUAUAUACAAUUUAAGAUUUCUAUUUUUUUCUUCAUUUUCUUGUGCAAUUUAAAACAGCAAUAAGUCUGGGUUACGUCCACUUAAUAAUUUAUUUUUCAGAAUGAGUAUCACAAACUAACCAGUUUGGUUGCUAAUUUUGAAGACUUUGAUGAUUCUAUAGACUGUUUGGCAUUCAUGCAGCGAGCCAGCGAGAUCAAGGUAUCGUCCGGAGAAGCGAUAAUAUUUACGUGCAGGUCAGCUGGGCGUCAACUUAAGAGUGUUAUGUUUUUAAAGGGAAUUCUUUCUACGCUUAGCUAAGCAUUUUUUUUGUGUUGUUGUUGGCAUCCGUCCGUCUCAUGUGACGAUGGUGUGGGCUUCGGAGGCCGAAAUCUACAAGGCCUGGGAUUAUUUCUUCAAGGAUUAUAAGCUGAUUCCCAACAGCAAAUCGCCUCUCUCCACGCCGCUGGAUAACCCAAAGGAACAUCAUUGGAUGAUACAGCUUGGCACCAGUGACGUCGCAGGAGUUGUCGGAAUGUUCCAUUGUACCAAUGUUGUCCAUCUCCGGGUUUGAUUUCAGAGUUUCCUUCUCAGUUGCCAUCCAAGGUUAACGAGUCCCAUCUACCCUGGACGCUGGUGAUCUUUUUGCUUGACUGCUUUGGCUGGAAUUGAUCUACAAACCACCAACUUGAGAUUUGCUCAGUUUAGACCACUCAGAUACCCAGUAUUAGCGCAGUUAUAAUUUACCGUUAAUUACCAAAAGCUAAUAGGGUGAAUAUAUCAUGGUUAAGAAAGCGAAACUCUUGGUAUGGGAUUUGAUAAUACAACGAAAAAUAAUUCAUGCCAAUAUCAUUUUUUGGGGUCAUUUCUGAUUUGUAGAAAUGGUUUACACCGGCGGUUCUCAAAGUGGGCGAUACCAAACCCCCCUCCGAGCCCAGGUGGUGGAGGGAUGGACGGACAGGGAGGGGGUAAAAUACGCAGUAUGAGUAUAGGAAGAACUUGAACUACCUGAAGGGGCUGCUGUGAUUAUAUUGUAUGAAAAACAAAAUUAUAUUCGAAAUAAAGAUGAAUUGUUAUUUUGAAUUUCAACACUAUAAAAGAAUCUUGGAUAAACGCCAGUGAGACUCGGUGUGUUCUUCGGUACACGCCAAGAAGAACAUUAGAUCGUUCAAACAGUACACGCGUUUGUGAACAACAAGACAUGUUUACAGGAAAAAAAAAUAAGCAAAUAAUUUUUGUGUAUUCUGUAUGCAUUGUGGACUCCGUCAGUUAGGAGCGGCAGAAUCAAGCGCUGUCUGACGGCAUCAUAAUUUCUAAGUUCUAAACUUCACACGUACAAUGAAAGAGAUCCCCCAUCUGUGUAAGUUAUUUUUUGGGCUGCGGCAUGGAGCUGGCAAUGUAAUAAAAAUAUCUUGUCAUUGGCAACGAGUCUUUUGAGCAAAGUUUCAGCUCGAUAGCUUGAAAAAGAGUGGGUCAAUUAGCCGUACGAAGAUUUUUGCCAUCCAGUAACAGCUAGCCCCCUCCCCCCCCCACCUCCCCACGAACAAAAGCAUUAACUUGAAAUACUCUAAAUAUCGGGGUUUUUUUCUGAUACCGUCGUAUAUUUGAUAUCAAUAAAGCAAGUUUGUCUUCCGUGAACAGAGACGGUGCAGUGAGGAGUGGAAUGGCCUGCGUGCUGUCUUACUUGAUAGAAAAAUUGGAAAACUGUGUGUGCCUAACUGUUCCUCUCGUCGUGUGUUCUGUGAAGUCCGCGAGGCCUGGUGCUUUUCCAACAGUGGUGAGUGGAAGAUUUAAGUAACGACUUUAAGAACUCAAACACGGUAGGUGAAAAGAUUUUUUGUACAACGUCGUAUUCGAUCGGAUUGUUUCACAAAAAAAAAAAAAAAUACAAUGUUUGGCACGCUGAUUAUUCUUAGGCGUUUAAUAUAUUACUUUUAAUGUGGAGAUUUAAAGAUAAAGAUAAUGUAAUUAAGUAAUGUAACAUUGAAAGUGAAUGGAGUUUGAGGCGAGAAGGCUUUCUAAACUGUAGAUGCGUUAGACAGCAGUGCGGUCGUAUUAUCGUCAUCAUCCAGUAACAUUUCUGGUGUUACGCCUGUUACUAACGUUGAGAGAAAGAACCUUUAGAGCAGCGACUCUUUUAAAUACGUAUCUGGGUCCCCCGACAAAAAGGCAUUUGAUACUCUGUUACUGUCACUAUACCAAUAGCAGUGCCGUCCAAUGCUCCCGCUAAGGUUUGUUGGUUCGUGUGCAAAAUCAUAUAGUUGUGUGCAAAGUUUUACAGUAACAAUUUUUUUUUGAGUGCAAAGUUUUACAGCCCACAAACACAAAUGCACACUUACAUGGAAAUUUGCUGCGCGGAUACUCAAAACUGCUGCGCGGCCGCGCAGCCACGCAGCUUAAAGGGAACAUUGGUGCCAUCUGAACUUUUCAGCAUUGGGUCCCUGAGCUGAAGCUGAGAUUCCCCCCCCCCCCCCCCCCCCCCCCUAUUCUUCUCUAAUCUAUUACAGACAUGUUAGGAGAAAACAAAUUGGGAUCCAGGUUGGCCAAUGCAUUAAUACCAGAGUUUCUUUCAAUUUCAAUGGGUUGCGGAGUGGUUAUGGGUUCUGUUGUGGGGUCAGGGCGCAUAUCAGCACAUAAGUUAAGCAUAAUUUCGCCUUGGGCCAUCUUUGACUUUGUCGCUUCCGUCAUACAUAAUCUUGAAUUCAUUCCGGUUGCGGUGAUCCCUAGAGCCUAUGCAUGAGGCCCGAGCUAAGAUUUCUCAAACUAAAGUGAAACCAUAAUAUUUUGUAACUUCAAGAAAUUAAUUCAAAAUACUAACAUCUAGCAUUUUUAGAUAUAAGGUGCCAGUGCCGUGCUUUGAUCGUGUUGGAAAUAGAAAUUGAGAGCUAAGCCUAUUUCAGCUGGUCAUUUUUUAAAAAUAUAAACUGUGUGGACAUGACAUAUUAGUGUGACGACGAUAAGGCAUCUUUACACAGCGUAUCAUAUAUUCUAUAAUACAUGGUAGAUCUUAGGGAAGCUUGAAAGUAGCAGAAACGUCCAACAAAUUCAGUUAAUUGAAAAGUUUAUUUGGAGUUGUAAACUACUGUAAGCGUAGCUAUCGCAUGGGUCAUGCAAACUCUGCAGCUGCAAUGGAGGGUUGGGGUGGGGGGGGGCGCUCGGAUAUUUAAGCGCCCCAAGUUAUGAUGCGGACAAAACUUAAACUAUUACCUUUGAAUGAGAAAGUCGCUAUAACCUUUUUUGUCAUAUAAAUUACUGAUUGUUUCGGCAAUGUGUCGGCCUUUUUAAAAUCAUCAAGUUUCUCCCCUUUGCUUUGCAUUGAUACUAACGUCACCAAGUAAAUGUGCUGUACCACUCCUUACCCGCCCCUCCCUUGAUUUGGAAAAGUUUUUUUUUUACUUUCGAAUACGCUCUAUUAGUUCUAAAGAAUGAGAUCAGAAGACGCAAUUUUUGUAAUUUCUUGUCUGGAUGGUUCUGAUUGAAUCCCUGUAUACAGGCCGGCAGCUUUCCUAGCCUGGGGAGAGAUGCUUGCUAUACUUCCUAACAUAUUAUUAUACGAGACGUUUUACAAAUGCAAUAUUUUACUCUUAGUGCGUGUGUUUGUGUGUGUGUAAAUUAAUAUUAUCAUUUUCGAUUAGUGUACCUCGUUACUUAUUGUGCCGUACGUUGGCAGUGAUUUCUAUUUUUAUCUAAAUUUUUUUGAAAGUUGUAUUUUGAUAGAAAUGUAAUAGUAUUAAUAAAUUUAAUAUUGUUAGGACCACUAGCUUUUGGUGUCGUUUUUCUGGGUAUACUGGUUUCCGGUCCUUUGUUGCUUAAAUUCCUUUAGAUCACAUUUUUAAAACGACAUCGGCGACGCAUAGUACUCGUUCAUGAACAUAUGUCGACCAGCGUAAAACUCAUUGACUGACGUGAACACAUUUCAAGCUCCCCCCCCCCCUUUUUGCCCAUACAUGCCUGGAUUUCCUUUUUUUUCUUUUUUCUUUUUAAUUUGCAAUUUUUCUCGAAUAAAUUUAUUGAAAAUCGAAUAAAACUGGCUGGUCUUGAUCCCGCUGUACCUUGAAAGCAAAUCAAAUUACAUAUUGCUAUAUUCAUCAACCAUAGGGGUGGCUUGAUACCCUAGGAUAGCGAUUUUUCCGACAACCUUGAUGAGACCCUGGGCAACUGCUCAGUGUCCCCAUGCUUUAAGACGCCACUGACAAAACGCGUCUCGUUUAACUCACUGAAACAAUUCGCUGAUGACGUGAGAAUUAAUCAUUUGAAAAAAAAAAACAACAACAACUGAAGGAGCACAGUGUAAAAGAUCAUCAGGUCUAAAUUGUAUGAUUUCUCCUGUCAAUUUUGAUUGAUUAGUGCUAGGGGGAGGGAAAAAAAUUAGUUAUUCCACUUAAUUAGUUAUGGAGUUAUUAUGUUAGUAAUAGAAAAAAGUUUCAUUUCUGAUCUCACAGUAUAUUUCAAAUUUUUUUCCUGGCUUAUUGUUUUCCUCAUUCGAUAAGGUCACAAUUAUUGAUAGUGCAUUAUGCAAGGUUGGCUAUAGUUUCAAAAUAUUUUUUUUUCGAAUCCCUUAUUUACUAUUUUUGUUUUCCCCACUUUUUACAGGAACAAUAUAAGGACGUGUAUCAAAUGUUGGAAACCGCGCUGCUUUAUCUGCACAAUGUGGAGUAAAAUUCAAAGUACGGCUUUCUGGAGAAUCCCGUUGAAAUUCCCCUACACUUUAGACAGGCAUUUUUUUAUGACUGUUUUAAAUAGCCGCACAUUUUGUAUGAUUAUGGCUUCACUUAAUGUCUAUAUUAUAAUGUAUCUUUAUUUUUUCCCUCAAUGACAUUGUUAACCUGACAUUGGAGACUUGAGACGAAUAAUUCUAAAGAGCACCACACCAAGUGGCGCACCAAGAGUAGCAGUCUAUGCCAUUUCAAAUGUCCUUUGGCUAGAGGGGGCAAAAAAAAGAUGUUCAUCAUUGGUUUUUAUUUUUGUUUUGUUUUGAGUGGUUUUAUCUGAUUCCCAUCCUGGUGAACGCAUACGAUGGGACGUCAUCAAGGACAUUGACGACAAUCAGACCAGUAAUCAUUGUAUUUGUUUCCCCCCCCCCCGCCAUCUUUACACUAUUAUGUUUGCCGUGUCAUGAAAUAAGCUAGUCUAACUUUAAUGAGAUAUAAAAUUACGUAAACAGUUUAAAAGAUUAUCUGAUCCCAAAUGUAAAAAUUUCAAAAAUAUUCAGUAGCUACAGUCUUAAAAUUUGCUUAUUUCUUUUCAUUUCUGAAGCUAGUUAACACAUUUUCAUAAUAUGCCCUCGGAGUUUCGUUUCAUGGAUGCAGUCCCCGAAUCCUUCUUUUUAAAAAUAAUGUACACAAUUUUCUGAUAGGUUCCGAU